UAUGUUUCCCAUGGCGGCCUGUAAGAGGUUUUGCUCAUCGAAAGCGCAAAACUCCAAUGAAUAUUCGCAUAAAAAUCACGGGAAUAGUACCAGGAAUGGAUACCAGAGUAAUGUGGAAUCCCUACUCAAUAUUAGUGCAAAAGUUGUCGCGGAAAAUAUUCCAUUUCAGCGAAUCGAAGAACGUUAUGACAGAAUACCAGAACCAGUACAGAGUCGGAUAGUUUAUUGGUCGUUCCCACGGAAUGAAAGGGAUAUUUGCAUGUAUUCAUCCUAUGCAAACUGCACGAACAAGGACAACUGUGAAAGCCAAAAAUUGCCUUUUUAUCAGGGAAUAAAACUUCUUGACAACAGUGCGGUGGAGAGCGUGCUUCAAAUCGGCUUCCAUCUUAGUGGCACAGUAACAGAACCCGCCAAUCCUUUAUACUCUGAGCCAGAGAAGAAGUAUCCAGUGUCAAUAAGUUUUGACAGAUGUAAAAUAACCUCGGUGAAAUGUGGCUGUGGGAACAAGGAUAUCUUCUGGUGCCAGCAUGUUGUCGCUCUGUCCCUAUACAGGAUCCGCAAAGCAGAUAUGGUGCAAUUGCGAGUGCCUAUUUCCGAAACACUACUUCAGAUGAAUCGAGAACAACUGCAGAAGUUUGCCCAGUAUCUGAUAGCAGAGCAUCACACAGAUGUGCUACCCACAGCCCAAAAGAUUGCAGAUCAAAUACUGCAGUCAUCUUCAGAAAUCAACAGGCUUCCAGGAGCACCAGACCCAACUGCUGGGGCAUCAGUUGAUGAUGACAACAGUUGGCAUCUGGAUGAGGAUCAGGUGCGGGAACAAGUGCGAUCCUUUCUCUCACAGGGUGGAUAUCUCAACUCCUGUAAUCAACUCAACUCCAUGUUUGCAAAGGUACGAGAAAUGCUGAGAGCACGAGAUUCCAAUGGUGCGAGGAUGUUGACAUUAAUAACAGAACAAUUUUUGGCGGAUCCUCGUCUAGCGGUCUGGAAAACACAGGGAACACCCAUGUCGGACAAGUGUAGACAACUCUGGGAUGAGCUUGGUGCAUUAUGGGUGUGUGUUGUGCUCAAUCCCCGGUGCUAUUGUCACGAGAAGGAGCAGUGGCGAGAGUUGUUAGAACAGUGGACGUCUAACAGCGUGUGUCCACUGGAGGAUGCUGAUGGUCGACAUGUUGUAGACAUUCCACAGACCAGAGGUCUCCUUCAAGCCAUUGGAAGUGACAAUUCCUCAAUGCGCCCACGACCUCGCACAGUCUUCCAGCAUGCCCUAGAAGCGUGUCGGCUGACCUGGCACCACCCACACCUACAAGCAGUGAUCAGUCAGGGAUUCGGCCAUCGCCGGGACACUUCUCAUCCUCUGCUUUUUGAUGAUCAGGGACAGCCAUUAUGGAAAGAGCAUUUGCCCACAGCCUGUGCAAGAGUGGAUGCCUUGCGAUCUCAUGGGUAUGCUAAGGAAGCCUUACGAUUGGCUGUUGCCAUAGUAAGAACGAUGAAACAGGAACAACGCUUUAAUCAAGAAAAAUAUGCUGAUCUCCAGAGAGAUAUAGUGUCUGCUAAUCCUUCUAUGUCAACAUGCGGGUCACGUUCCCAGACCACUGUCAGUUCCACUGGAUGGGUGGGGCACCCGCUCAACCCCAUCAGUGUUCUGUUUGACACCCUGCUGGAACCCUGCAUUAUACGGGAUGAAAAUACUGCAGACUGGAAUGCCCGCAUGUACAACAGCGAGAGUCAGACAUCCAGCCCUAUGCGGUAUCAACACAUGUCUGAGGGUCUGAUGUCAGGAGAAACCUACCUCACUCUGGCAGUCGAGGCUGUCCUAAUGGGUCUCGGACAGCAGCGCAUCAUGCCGUCGGGUCUGUACACUCAAGAUAAAGCGUGCAAGCAGGAGGAGCGUCUGCUGAGCUGGCUCCAGAACAUUCCUCUCGACCCUGUUCUAGCCAAGGUCAUUCAGAAACAAGCUACCAUGCUUCUAGAAGGUGGUCCGAUGAGUGGUCUGGGUAUUGGUAUUCACCCCGAGAGCUACCCGAUGCACACAUUUGCACGCUUCCUCUUUUCUAGUCUCCUGGGAGUUGAUGUUCAAUUGGCGUACUUGGUGGGCAUGAGAGCAAUGAGACUACCAGUGUUGGAGAACACGGAUGAAGUGAACUUGGACAAUGGCUUGAACAAUGUCGGGUCUGCCAUUUUGAGUCGAUUUCCUCGAUGGUUUAUUCUCAGUCAUGUUGAAGCUCACCAGUGUGAACUGGCUUCCACUCUACUAGCUGCAUCCAAAAGUGACACUGGACGGUUGCGCCGAGUUCUAGAAUGCGCACAACAGCACAUCCACAGCUCAUCUCAGCUGUUCAAGCUAGCACAAGAUGCAUUCAAAAUAGCCACACCGUCAGAUGGUCCAAAACACAUGCCGGCACUCAAUGCAGCAUUUGAGCUUGGUUUACAGGUGAUGCGUAUGACCUUGAUGACUCUCAACUGGCGCCGACGUGAGAUGGUGCGGUGGUUGGUAACGUGUGCCACCGAGGUUGGUGUACAAGCUCUCAUUUCCAUUAUGCAGAACUGGUUCCAGCUGUUUGCUCCGAUUGAGGCCACAAGUACUGUUGCUACAACAGUAGUUUCUCGCGCGACGAUGGAUCAGCUUAAUUUGUCAUACCAGCAACAUGAGGAGCUUGCUACCUGUGCUCGGAGUCUCGCACUGCAGUGUGCCACGAAGGAUCCACAAAACUGUGCUCUGUGUGCACUCACACUGUGUGAAAAGGAACCAGUUGCCUUUGAAACGGCCUAUCAGAUAGUAAUUGAUGCAGCAUCGCAUGUGAUGAACUCGAUCCAGCUGUUCACUAUUGCACGCUACAUGGAACACCGAGGUUACCCACAUCGAGCUUACAGACUGGCGCUGUUGGCCAUGAAGAAUCUUCAUCUGGCCUACAACCAGGAUACCCACCCUGCUAUUAAUGACAUUCACUGGGCUUGUGCCCUCAGUCACUCACUGGGCAAGACGGAGCUGGCCAACAUGCUCCCUCUGUUGGUUAAAAAUGUGCAGUGUGCCACAGUUCUGUCAGACAUUCUCAGACGGUGCACGUUGACUGCUCCAGGCAUGGCCAGUACUGACGGGAAACGACGCACCAUCAAACUGUUGUCAUACGAUAAGCAACCACUCCGUCAGUUGAUGGAAGCUACAAUAUAUGCCUACAUCAACACCACGCAUUCCAGGCUGACGCACAUUAGUCCACGACACUACGGUGACUUCAUCGAGUUUCUCACCAAAGCACGGGAGACAUUUGUCUUGGCUCAGGACGGGCACAUUCAGUUUGCUCAGCUCAUAGAGAACAUGAAACUAGUUUACAAAGGAAAGAAAAAACUCAUGUACCUCAUUAAGGAGCGCUUUGGUUUAUGAGAAUAACUCCAAAUCUACCUGCGUGUGUGUAUAUGUUUGUGUGAUGUCAGCUGACCUGUGGUCAAAUCAUGUCCAACCUCAUCAGUGCUACAUUUUUUUUUUCAUUAUGAACUUGGGUGCUUUAAUGUGUGAUUUCAUGCAAUAAAUGACUUGCAGUAUAAAGAUGAAUAGAAAUAAUGCAUGAGAAAUUAUUGUGUUUUAUAUGAUUAUUUGUAUGUUUAUUUCAUUCUUUACUUACUGUGUGAUGUAUUUGAUAAUGAAAAUAAGAACACUGGAUGAGAAAUGUUUGCCAAACAUUCAUAGUCUUCAAGCGCCAUAAUGUAUUGUCUCAUUUUCAUCACUGAUCAUCGCAAUAUGGAUCAUUGUCAACUCAGGAAUGCAAUAAUUUGAUCACCCAAAUGCUGUCAUUACUUUGUGAUUUUCUUUUUUACUAUCCGAGCAUGGUGUACAAGUUAACAAUUUUUUUCACAGUUUGAUUUUUGAUAGUUGAAAUGUGCUACAUUUUUGUUGUAAAUGCCGUAAAUAGUUUGUGAUUCUGAUUACUUUGGCAAAUAUACUGUUUCCAGUGGCAAUAAUAUUCCAAAAAAUAAUUUCAUAUUGUAUAACAAUUACGAUAUGAACAAAAUAAUAAUUGGGUAAGUGUGUCCAAGAAUAUACAUGUAUCUCACAACAAAUGAUAAAAUUGCAUAAUUUGGUCAUACAUUUUUUUAUUUAAUCUAUAAAAGAUGUUAUUAUUGUAGCCAUUAUAUUCAUGUGUCGCCAUCCAUGUAAUAUUUACAUUAAUGUGCAUGUUUAGUUGAAAACUCUCCCAGAAAUUAUAAUGCUUGCUUGGAGUAGGAAGGCAAGUAUUCUUAAAAUCUCUAACCCAAUAUUUACAUUUUUAUCCACAUAAUUUGGUAUUUUUUUAAAGUUAAUAUUUUUUAAAAUCAUAUUGAGCAUUCAUAUGUAAGGGAACAGGCUUUAAUUUUUGUCUAUUUCAAGAACAAAAAGUAGAUCUAUCCAUUUGAACUACUUGAAUUCAUCAUCCACCAUGUUUGUUUUACACUUGAAAAAUUUAUUAGAACCAACAAUGUAUUUUUAUUUUUUUUCAAAGUUUAAAAAAGAAUUGCCUCUUCCCACCAACCUAGUGAUAAUUUCUGGAACAGCUUUCAGGUCUUUGAAAACUCCGUUAUUCCUAUCAUGGCAUCUUGACCGGUACCUUGAUGACGAGUUUAGAUGGUAAUACUGUAUGAUCUAAAGCUGCAUCAUUUCACAUAUUCUUGAUUGUUUUGUAGCCACCUGUUCUGUGCUGGUGCAGAUAUGAUAGGAAGGGUUGGGCUUUGUGUAAUCAUUGGGUUUACUGUGAAUAGAAUACUUGCUACAGGUAGCAGAACAUUUCCACCUUAAUAUUGACAGGUUUUUUCUUGUCUGUCUAUCUCUUUACUUGAUUUUUUGUUUAUUCAAUUGGCCAGUGGUGAGAUAAAAACAUUGAAAGUUAUUGAGCAGGAACUUGAGAUAACAUUUCAAGUAAUCCCCAACUGCAGUAGCUGAUGACUCGGCAGUGUUUUACCUCCAUUGAUUGUUGUUUUCAGUAUAAUAUUACAGUUAUCAUUUUGUUUAGUGCUAAAGUGUUUUUCUUGUGGGGUUUUCUUUAAUAUGUAGUUAUAUUAUUUAUUAUUUUGUAGCUAUUGUGUGUUGAGGUCAUAGUGUUGUCGUUAAAGGUUGUUGCAUGCUCAAUUGUUGGGAUUGUUUGAGACCUGAAAACAAAAUUCAAAUCUUUUCUGACUGACUGGUGAUCAUGCAUUGAAUCACAGGGUUACUUUUUUUUUUACAAAAGAUUGAAUUGUAAAUGAUAAACUUUUAUAUUUUUAUUGUAUACAUGAUAAAGUUUGUAGCCUCAGGACUUGUUUACUACAAUAAUAUUUCAUGAAAGAUUAAAAACAACCGAUCUUCAUAAUUCAUUGAAAUAUGCUGUGGUGAUCUAUUAUGAAUAAUUUAGAAAUUGAUCAAGUAUUCACAUAAAAAUGCAGGGUAUGUUUAUUUUUCCUUAUCUGGCAUCUUUGUGCUCAUACAGCUUUAACGUCAUUUAAUUAUAGCAUAAUUUGAAUUUUAAAAAGCAAGUAAUUGAAAUAUAUAAUAAAGUAAGCAUAAAUACAAACAUUUUAACUGUCAUUGAUGGUCAUAGUUGUUUGCAUUCACAGAUAAACAGUGCUCGUAUAUAAUUUAAGAAUGAGUAUCAUCGACUGUGUGGAAUAGCAAUGUAUGUCAUAUCCAUAUAGAAAGUUAUCCAUCUCACAUUUAAAACCUAUGAAAGUUAUUUUAACUCCUUACGUCUGGAUCUUGUUCAUUUAAAUGCAAGUAGCCCAAAACCCCAUUCAUAUAGUCUGUCAUUAAUAGUAAAAUGUAACUGAGAAGAAACGAACAUGUCUAGAUUACUGUAUUAAUUAUGACAAAUGUGACAUUUAAAAAGUUUAUUAAAUGUAUGCCAUAGAACACACAUUAAUUACUAGUGAAGUCAGUUAAUGAACUGUAAAAGGGCAACCUUUAGUUUAUGAUCACCUUACUAAAGUGACCAUUUUUGACAGGUUUAACUAUAUUUUAGUCCUAACGGGUAUUCAUAUAAAAUAUUUUUAAAAAGACAUUAUAUAUGAUUAGAUAUUUUAUACUGUGUGCACACAAAGAAUGUGAAGUUAUUUGAUUACUAAUUGACUUUGAUUAGAUGUAUUGUUGUUAUAAAGCAUGAUUACACUCAUUAUCAGCUGCAGAGAUAAGAUGGUUCAAGCACACAUGGCUAGCAAAUUGUUGUUAUAAAGCAUGAUUACACUCAUUAUCAGCUGCAGAGAUAAGAUGGUUCAAGCACACAUGGCUAGCAAAUUAUACCUCAUGGUUUUGUCCAUUUUUCUUUCAUGUCUUUGUCUCUUGUAUAUCUGUGCUGAAGUAGACUUGAAUUAGAAAAUAAGUGUAUUUAAGCAUUAUGAAUGGUAAGCAAUUUCAUUUCACUAUUUGAACUAUUCAUUAUAACCACAAAACUCGUCACAUAAUUUCAUUCUUCAUAAUGUAUUAAUUGAUGAUUCUAUAAUAGGCUUACAGAUUCCCACUCCAUUUCCUCACAGGGACUUGUGUCUUUGCUAGAGAUGAGGGGAAUGUGUCUUACAUGUAUACAUUUAUUUUUAUACAUGUUGAUAGAUGCAUGCUGUUUCACCUCUAGCAAUGUUAUAUCCCUAUGCCUUUCCUUGUGUGUGUUAUACAUCUACCUCAUAUUUCUAACAUAAGCUUGAUUUGCAUAAUUUUUCACUGCACAACUUGAGUUUAGUAAGAUUGGACUGUGAAGUCUGUAUGAAAUUUUCUCUGUGUGUCUAGUUCAUUUUUGUUUAUUUUCCGAGUUAUCUCUUAUUUUAUCAGUAUGGAAUUUUGUUCUGGUUGUUCUUUUCUGUUAGGAAAACCAACUGUUUAUAACAUUGAGUUUUAAAGUACAUAUAUUUUGUAAUUUUGUUCUGGUUGUUCUUUUCUGUUAGGAAAACCAACUGUUUAUAACAUUGAGUUUUAAAGUACAUAUAUUUUGUAAUUCAGAUGUCUCGCAAUAAUUGCUUGUAAAAGUGUAAAAUGUUUUAUUUUGUUAAACAUUGUUGUUACAAGCAAAAUAUUGUUUUGCUUUAUCAAAUGUAUGAAAUACAAAAGUAUUGUUUGUGUGUGCAUGUUUCAGAUUAUAAAUGUAAGAAAUUUUAUUACCCCCCAAUACAGGUCCUUUGUUGAUUUUUAUGUAAUUUUUCUUAUAAAAAAAAUAGUUUGAAAAAUAUUUUUCAGUUGUAGAUUACAAAAGAAAGUUUAUAUUUAUUUUGUUUAAUGAUACCACUAGUACCGGUAGAUUACAAAACAGACCCUCACUUUAUCCUAGUGUUUGCUGAUGCAGAGCUAGUACUGAAACUCACUGGAGAAAUUACUUCCAUAAUUAUCUUUGUGUGGAAUAUAUUUACUGUUUACACUUUGUAAAUGGCCUGUACUGUUUGUAUCCACUUAAUUUUAUUGUUAUAUUUCUACUAUCUCAACAGCAGUAUUGUAUUAGUUUCGCUAUGACAAUUGUCAAGGAGCUUUUCUAAUACUGAUUUGUCCAGCAUCUGCCUGUCAUCUGCCCACCAAACUUUCCUUUGAAUUCUAUCUUCUAGACGUUUUAUUGGAUUGUUCUAAAACUUGUAUAGUCAUCCAGUGUGGCAGUCUCCAUAGAGUAAUAGUAAAGUUUGUUUUAUUUAACGAUGCCACUAGAGCACAUUGAUUUAUUUUUAUUUUAUCAUCGGCUAUUGGACGUCAAACAUAUGGUCAAUCUGACACUGUUUUUUAGAGGAAACCCGCUGUCGCCACAUAGGCUACUCUUUUAUGACCCACAGAGUAAUAGAGAAAUAUGUAAGAAAUGUUUUAUAAAAAAACAAAAAAAACAACCAAUUUAAAAUGAAAUUUUGAAUGCCUCCUAGAGUUUUGACUGGGUAUAUCAGAAACAUUAUCUGAGGCAGUCUCAAACUAAUAGAAACAUAUUUGGAAUUUUUAAUUUUCAAUUUUUGUCUCUUGGGUUUUUGGGUUUUAAAAAAAAAAAAAAAGGAAAGUUUUAAAGUCUAUGUUCCCUAGGAUAGUUCUAAAACAUAGAACUAUGAUUCUCUGUGCAGUCUCCACACUAAUAUUGAGAUAUUUUGGAAGUUUCCAGUUUUUAUUAAAUGUUUAAAAUUUAAUUAGAAAUUUUAACAUCUAUUAGUGACAAAAUUGAAAAUUAAUGAGAGCUCUCUAGGCUUCUUGUUAUAUAACCAUUUAAUCAUAUUGAUUGAUCCAUUUUCUAAGGAAACCUGUUAACAUUUUAAGACACAAUGGUUUCACAACCGAAAUAUCAGCACAAAUAAUCAAAAGCAUAAAAUAGGCCAGGGUUUUCUUAGUUACAUUUGCAGUGAUCUAAAUGUGGAUGGGUUUCUCAUUAAUAAUUUUCACAUACAUACCCCAAAAAAACAAAUAUAUAAAAUGCAUCUUUUUUGUAAAGUUGGAACUGGAAACAUUGAACCGGUGUUAGGCUUAGUAAAACAAUGUUAUUAUGGUAAUCUUGAAUACUGAAUUAAAAUGAAGGUAGCAGGGGGAUGCAGUAUAUGCAGAACUUCAUAUAUCUAUAUGAAGAGUGUUGUUAACAGAUUCUGUGUUGCCCAGCCAAUAGGAUUUCCUCCUUUUUUUUUUAGCACUGCCACAUGCAGUAUUUUGUAACGAGAAAUGUUGAACUUUUAAAUUAGGUUUUGCUUAACUAUAAAACUUUUUGUCGAUUGUGAAGAUUACAGUAGCAUAUUGUUUUAAUGACAAUAGAAUUGGAAUCAUUUUGUAGUAGAGUUUAUAUCCAAGUUGAGACUAUUGCACGAGUUUGAAAAUACUUGAUGAAUGCUGGAUGUAUGUUACAUGUGUGAUUCAGAUUGACUUGCCAUUGUUUAUGUACCAAUUUGGUUUUUCAGUUCCAUUGCCAUUGUAAACCAAUAAUCUUUAUACAAAGAUGUAUAUUUAUUGAAAACCUAUCACGAGAAGAAACAAGAGUUGUAUCUUCACUAUUCUGAUGGUACAAAUAAAUGACAUAAACAACU